AUGGCGUCCGGUUUCGGAGCCAAGGGCACGGAGGGGCGCUGCACCCCCGUGUGGAGGAACUUCUCCAGGUGCAUGUCCACCGCGGACGACCCGAGCGAGUGCAACGACCUGCGCGAGGACUACUUCGAGUGCUUGCAUCACAGGAAGGAGAUCACGCGCGAGAACACGAUCAACGAGCAGCGGUACAAGAACAUGAUGGAGAAAUCGGACAAGCUCAAGGAGGACAUCUGGAAGCACGUGUGGGACACGAGCUGGACAAAGGUCGAGCCGAAGGAGAAGGCGAAGAAGUAG